AUGAGUAUUCAUGAGGUGAGUUUUAACUCUGAUUUACAUAUUUUUAAAAAAUGAUUAGAAAAAAUCGUAAUUUUUUUUUUUGAUAAGAGGUUUACAAAAAAAUAGAAAAAAUAAUGAUUUAAUGCGAAAUUGGAUGAUAACGGGUAAGAACAAAGUGCGAAACACUUUUUAAGCCCCAAAGACAACAUUGUAGACACAACUAUUAUUUGUAAGCUAGUGUGUGUGUGUGUGUGUAGAAGUUGGCUCAUUAUUUGAGCACAAAAGUCACAUGGUGAAUGAGCAAGGAACCCUGGCUAGAGAGAGUUACGUGAUUUUUGCAAGCAGAAAAAUGACUCUAAUCGGAAUUGGAGGGUUUUAAAGAUAAUAGAGGGCUUUUGAGAAAUUAGAGGGCUUAAGAGAAGAUAGAGGAUUUUUCAGAAGAUUCACAGAGGGCUUUAGAGCAAUUAGAGGGCUUUAGAGAAAUUUGAGGGCUUUUGAGAAGUUAAAGGGGUUUGGAGAAGAUAGGGGGCUUUAGAGAAAUUAAAGGGCUUCAGAAGAUACAUAGAGGGCUUUAGAGAAAUCAGAGGGAUUCAGAGAAGAUAGAGGGCUUUAGAGAAAUCAGAGGGAUUCAGAGAAGAUAGAGGGCUUUAAACAAAUUAAAGGGCUUAAGAGAAGAUAGAGGGUUUUUCAGAAAAUAAAGGCUUUCUGAGAAUUUGGAGGGCUUCAGAGAAAUUAGAGGGUUUUGGAGAUAUUGAAAAGAUUUCGGGCUGAUUUAUCGGGAGCCCCUUUGGACUCUUAACAUCGUUUUAAGAGCCCAAAAAAUGACUAAUUCACACCACAGACCUGACACAUUUAUAAAGGAAAAAAAUAAUGAGUCAUUCGGGAAAAAAGUACACACGAUUGCGAUUUUUAUUUGUUAUAUAAAUAACUUUUUUUUUCUAAUUUUUCUAUAGAGUCAGAGUUGACCAGAGAGGUAAAUAAUAAGAAAAAAAUUGGGGAAUUAUUCAUGCGUCGGCGAUUUUUGGAAAUCGUUUAGUUAGUAGAUGUUUGGCUACGUCAUUAGUCAUGGUGGAUAAAAGGUUAGGUUAUUGUGAAAUUUUCAUGAGGGCUGCGGGGGUCUCCCCGGGUCUCCCCGGGUCUCCUCCGGUCUUCCCGGGCCUCCCCGGGUCUCCCCCGGGUCUCCCCGGGUCUCCCCCGGGUCUCCCCGGGUCUCCCUCGGUCUCCCCGGGUCUCCCUCGGUCUCCCCGGGUCUCCCCGGGUCUUUCCGGGCCUCCCCGGGUGACCCCGGGUCUUCCCGGGUCUUCCCGGGUCUUCCCAGGUCUUCCCAGGCCUCCCCGGAUCUCCCCGGGUCUUCCCAGGUCUCCCCAGGCCUCCCCGGAUCUCCCCGGGUCUUCCCGGGUCUCCCCGGGUCUCCCCGGGUCUUCCCGGGUCUUCCCGGGUCUCUCCGGGUCUCCCCGGGUCUCCCCGGGUCUCCCCGGGUCUCCCCGGGUCUCCCCGGGUCUCCCCGGGUCUCCCCGGGUCUCCCCGGGUCUCCCCGGGUCUUCCCGGGUCUUCCCGGGUCUCCCCGGGUCUUCCCCGCAGACCCCCCUCUUCUGUAACACGCAGACAGUGAGAGUUAGACGAGCAGAGUGGGUUAGAGAGCUAGAGAUUUUGCUGAACUUCGGCCCUAAUCACCCGUUUUGCAGGGAAAUGUUGUUGAAAUGAUUGUCUGUGCGACUGGUGUGCCAACUCCAACCGUCAAAUGGUUCAAAGAUGGACAAGAAAUUCACACGGAUGGUCCAGAUGGCAAACGUGUCAUCUUCACCGAUGAACGAGGAAUUCAUCAUCUCGUAAUCGUCAAUGCCAAUCCAGAAGAUGAAGGAGAAUACUCCCUCGAGGCAACCAACAAACUUGGAUCUGCCAAAACCGAAGGAUCGCUCAAUAUUAUUCGACCAAGACAUGCUGGCGAAUCAGCUCCAAAUGAUCGUGGAGGUCUGCCUUUCCCACCAGGAUUUGUGCGACAACUCAAGAACAAACAUGUCUUCAAUCACAUGCCGACAAUUUUCGAUUGCUUGGUUGUUGGAAACCCAACGCCUGAAGUUGAAUGGUUCCACAAUGGUAAAAAGAUCGUGCCAGGUGGCAGAAUCAAAAUCCAAUCUUGUGGGGGAGGUUCGCACGCGCUCAUCAUCCUCGACACAACUUUGGAGGAUGCUGGAGAGUACGUGGCGACUGCCAAGAACUCGCAUGGUUCAGCCAGUUCGAGCGCUGUUCUCGACGUCACUGUGCCAUUCUUGGACAACAUCAAAUUCAACGGUGAUAUUGAUGUCACACCAUAUCUUACCGAGGAAUAUGGAUUCAAAAAUUGAACACGGCAAGUCUGCCAACUCCACCCGAUCGUGGACCAUUUAUCAAGGAGGUUACUGGACAUUUCUUGACGUUGUCGUGGAUUCCGACGAAGCGAGCACCACCAAGAUAUCCGCAGGUUACCUAUGUUAUUGAGAUUCGAGAAUUGCCUGAGAAGGAAUGGACAUUGUUGGAUUACAAUAUCCCUGAACCUGUUUGCAAGGUUCGCAAUCUGGAGCUCGGAAAAUCCUACCAGUUCCGUGUGCGCGCUGAAAACAUCUAUGGAAUCUCCGAUCCUUCACCAGCUUCACCACCAUCUAGACUCAUGGCCCCACCACAACCAGUCUUCGAUCGCCGGACCAAUAAGAUCAUCCCACUUUUGGACCCCUACGCGGAACGGGCUUUGGAUCAAAGAUACGGUGAGCAAUACGCGUGUGCACCAUGGUUUGCACCGGGAGUUGUUGAAAAACGAUAUUGCGCCGAGAACGAUACACUGACGAUCAUCCUGAAUGUCAGCGGAUUCCCCGAUCCUGACAUCUCGUGGAAGUUCCGCGGAUGGGACAUUGAUACCAAGAGUCCGACGUCGAAAUGCAAAGUGUACACGUAUGGUGGAACUGAGACAACGCUGGCGAUCAGCGGGUUCAGCAAGGAUAAUGUGGGACAAUAUCAGUGUUUUGCCAAGAAUGAGUAUGGUGAAGCGCAACAGAAUAUUAUGGUGGAUUUGGCUAGUGAGUUUGGGGGGGGGGGGUUGGCUCUGAGAUAUCCUAACUCAAAACUUUUUUGCAGCUCGACCCAACUUCAUUCAACCGCUUGUCAACAAAACCUUCUCAUCUGCACAGCCAAUGAAAUUGGAUGUGAGAGUCGAAGGAGAACCAUUCCCGGAGUUGAAAUGGAUGAAGGUACGGAGUGUUUUUGGGAAGCUGAAGGGUGGACUUCUCAGGGAUAUCCUUUGAAGUUCCUAGAAUUUUUUUUUUAAAUUAAAAUCCAGGAGAAACUUAGGAAAUCUCCUGGGAUGUUAGAUAGACCUAAACAAUCUUAGGAGCUUACCUUAACAGAUAUUCAGAAGUCAAAAUUGUUAAGAUCCUAAGGGAAUCUAGAAGCUUUAGGCCAGUUCUAUAGAAACCCUUCGAAGCUCUUAACCUGAGCAAUCCGGACCUCCCUAAUCCCCCGAUGAUUCCAGGAAUGGCGACCGAUCGUUGAAUCAUCUCGCAUCAAAUUUGUCCAAGACGGACCCUACCUCUGCUCGCUGAUCAUCAAUGAUCCAUUAUGGCGUGACAGUGGAAUUUAUUCGUGUGUCGCUGUAAAUGAUGCCGGACAGGCCACAACAUCGUGUACGGUCACAGUUGAAGGUGAGCGAAAAAAAACAGAAUCAAAAUUUUCUGGCCAAAAAAAAUAAAAUCACAAUUUUUGGCCAAAAAACAGAAUCAAAAUUUUCUGGCCAAAAAAAAUAAAAUCACAAUUUUUGGCCAAAAAACAGAAUCAAAAUUUUCUGGCCAGAAAUACAGAAUCAAAAUUUUCUGGCCAGAAAACACAGAAUCAAAAUUUUUGGCCACAAAACACAGAAUCAAAAUUUUUGGCGAAAAAUAACAGAAUCAAAAUUUCUGGCCAAAAAAAACAGAAUCAAAAUAUUCUGGCCAGAAAACACAGAAUCAAAAUUUUCUGGCCAAAAAAUAAAAUCAAAAUUUUUGGCCAGAAAAAAACAGAAUCAAAAUUUUCUGGCCAAAAAAAACACAAAAUCAAAAUUUUCGGCCAAAAAAAACAUAAUCAAAAUUUUUUGGCCAGAAAUACAGAAUCAAAAUUUUUGGCCAGAAAAAAAACAAAAUCAAAAUUUUCUGGCCAAAAAAACAGAAUCAAAAUUUUUGGCCAGAAAACACAGAAUCAAAAUUUUUUGGCCAAAAAAAACAGAAUCUAAAUUUUUUGGCCAGAAAUACAAAAUCAAAAUUUUUGGCCAAAAAAAAUAAAAUCAAAAUUUUUGGCCAGAAAUACAGAAUCAGAAUUUUUGGCCAGAAAAAAACAGAAUCAAAAUUUUCUGGCCAAAAAAACAGAAUUAAUUGUACUUUUUCCAGCCGAAGGCGACUACAAUGACGUGGAAAUCGCGCCGCGACGUCGCGUCCAAAUCGAAUCGCGUCGCGUUCGCGAAACCUACGACAUCUCGGAACAAGACGAAAAGUAAUAAUAAUAAUAAUCAAAUUUCUAUGUAUCUAUUAUUGAUUGAUUGAUUUUUUGUGUGUGACGUGGCACUUGCCACGCCCACUUUUUCUUCACUUAUGCCGGUUCUUGAAAAUGUUUUUUAUGUCUGUGUGUUUUUGUAUGUGUGCCCCCAGUUUCGCUAAAUUUCCCCAAAAUUUCGGUGCUUUUUCCAUAGCCUAGUGACCCUUUUUGUUUUGGUGAGAGCCAGAGAAACGGGGGUGGCGGCGAGAGAAGAGACGCAGAGUGCCCACUGCGUCUCGAGCUUCCCGCCUUUGAAUUUUCUCGCGCAAGAUGUGCCCAAAUUUUUGCGCGUGUGAACAAAGCCACGCCCCUUUUCUCUCUCGCUCCGCCCACUUUUUGAAGAAUUUUUGCUCAACCAAAUGAAUUAUCGAUUUUUUGUCCUUGGUUUUUUGUGACGUCACGUGUGUUGUGUCCGAUUUUUGGUGAUUUUUCCGCGCGCGCCAAUUUUCCGCAUCGCAAAUUUUCAGGCACCUCCUCCGAUUUUCCACGUGGCAAAAUGAAUUUUCAGACAUUUUUUGCAGGUUUUUUCAGCUGGAACUUCUUCUGCACCUCCUCUCAUUUUGCCACGUGGAAAGGGGCGGAGCUAAAAAAUCCGCCAUCGCCAAAAAAAAUACCACCAUUUUCUCCAAAAAUCGGACAUUUGUCCCCAAAAAUGUCUGCGUCUCUCACCUAUGUACACUCUCUCUCUCUCUCUCUCUAUCUCUCACAUUUUUCCCGCCAAUUUUUUUUUGAUAUCAAAUUACUACGGGGGGAAAUAGUGUGAGAGAUAGAGAGAGACACAGAGAAACAAAUUUUGAUCCCCCAAAAAAAUUGAGAGAAAUGGUGGUAUUUUUGCAGGCUGGCGGCGGAUGGAGCACCAUUUUGGGUGACGGAAAAGUUGGGCGUGGCUCCAGGAGCACCAAAAGUUGGCGCCACACCGCGACGCUUUUUGGCGCAAUUGCGCCCCAUUGAUGACGCGUUGCGGCGCCACGUCGAAAUUCACAAUUCGUUGGAUGAUCCUGGUAUUGUGCAAUUGCAUCGGGUGCUCAAAGAUGAGCAAUUGGCGCUUGUCGUUUUUGAGAAGUUGGUUUUUUUUUGUUUUCGGGAAGAUCUGGGUUACAGUGGAUUUUCCAUCAAAAAAUGUCCUUGAAAUUUGCUACAAAAUGAGGUACAGUAGUCCUGGGUUACUGUAGAUGUUUGAUUCAAAAUUCUGAAAUAUCUAGUUUUAUUUUGUAACUCUCGAAAUUUGCUUCAAAAUGAUAUACAGUAGUAGGCUAGGGUUACUGUAGAUGUUUAAGAUUCUAAAAUUUUCCUUUUUUUCUAGCUCUUGAAACCUUCGACAAUAGGAUCUACAGUAAUCCUGGGUUACUGUAGAAUUUUGGUUCAAAUUUCAAAAAUUUUUAAUUUUUUUGGAAUAAUUUUAAGCCCUUGAUUUGAGCUACCAGAUGAGCUACAGUACUCCUGGGUUACUGUAGACUUUCAAUUUAAAAAAAACCUCUCAGAAUUUCAGAAAAUUUAUUUCUAAUAAACCAGAAGUACAGUAACCCAGGAGUACUGUAGACUGAAAUGUUUUCUAAAAAGCUCUUGAAAUUAUCUACAGUACUAUUGGAUUACUGUAAAAUUUAAAGCUCUCAAAAAUCUACAGUAAUCUUGGAAACACAAUUUUUUUCUGAACGAAAAAAAACAACAACACUCCGCAUUUACACCCCAAAACCUUUAUUUUUUCCAUCAAAUCAAAAUUUAUCCCAAAAAAUUGAGCGCUUUUUGCGCCAACAUAUGAACUGGUCCCGGAAUUAAUCCCAAAGGCGUUGAAUUCGCAGAAAAUAUGAAGAAAAUUGUGAAAAUUAGGAGAAUUUUCAGCAUUUCUAGACUUCUGAAGUUUCAGAAUAAUCGAACAAAAAAUGGAGAUGAAAAUGAUUUUUUGGGGAAAAUAGGGAGUCUGGAACUCGUAAAAAUUGAUGGGAAUUUUUUUAUGGGAUGAUUUUUGAUUUCUGAGAAUCUAUAGCUGAAAAUUUUAAGUUUCAGUUCUAACUUCAAGCCUGAAAUUCUGAGCUUCAUUUUAGAAAUUCUCAAAUUCUAGCUUCGAUUUUCGCGCCAAAAAUUUUUUAUUCAAAAAAAAAUUAACAAGAUUCAUUUUUGAAGAAAAUUUUGGCGCCAAAACCACUACACCCUCCUGCUGAAUCCGAUAAAAAUCAAUCAAAAUGUGUAAAAAAAAUUGGGUCCAGAUGGCGUAAUUCUCAAAAACAAAUUUAUUUUACACACUUUCCUACACACACUUGAAAAAAUUUUCGCGCCAAAAAUGUUCACCCUGGUGGAGGACAAUUGGUGAGUUUUCUCCCACUCACACAAAAAAACUAUAAAAAAAGUUUCUAUCAAUUUGUCAGGUGUUUUGUUUUUGUUUAAAACAAGCUGGCAAAAAUGAGGGAUAUUUUACGGAGAGAGUGUGAGGUUUUGAGAGACGCAGAGCCGUUUUUUGCAUGUAAAAAUGAUGGGGAGAGAGUGUGGGGAGUUGAGAGGGUUUAGAGAGCUGCACAGAGCUGAUAUACGAUUUUUUGAGUUGGAUUGAUUAUUUUCUGAACGGGUAUUUUUUGUCUGAAUAGACUCUAGUUAUGGUGCGAGUCAGUUUUGAGUGGUGAGUUUGAGAUUGACACAUUUUUUGCAGGAAAUUUUGAAAAUUUCUAUGAAAAUUCACAUUUCCUCUCGUUUUAACCCACAGAAUCCCAUUUUUCCUUGGAAAAUUAAAAAAAAACGAAAAAAAAAAUAAAUAAUAAAUAUACGGUAUUCUUCAAAGGCACACAACUGCCACACACAAAUAUCUCGCGAAAACGCGCGCACUUGCAAAUUCAAAUUUAUUAUUUUUAUUUUUUCGCAUUUUUUCAAUUUUCUCGCGUGGGAAACCGGAGUUUUCUGACGGAAAAUGGAGGUUUCUUGAUUUCUAGGUAAAAUUAAAAGUUCCCAAAGUGUUUCACCCAAUUUUUCCAUAUAAAAUAUCGAUUUUUCAGCGCCAACUCCACACUUUCGCACCUAACACAUCCGGGAUGCGAAGUCAAAUCCGCGCACGGACAAAAUCGCGAGACAUGCGUUCGCGUCUUCGUCCGCCAACUUCUUCUCGCCUUGAAACACAUGCACGACUUGCGAAUCGCUCAUUUGGAUUUGCGACCCGAGACAAUUUUGUUGCAAGAUGACAAGCUGAAGUUGGCCGAUUUUGGGCAAGCCAGACGAUUGUUGCGAGGCUUGAUAACCGGCGAAAUUCGCGGAAGUCCCGAAUUUGUGAGCCCUGAAGUUGUGCGGGCUUAUCCGUUGACUUUGGCCACAGAUAUGUGGAGCUGCGGUGUUUUGACCUAUGUUUUGUGAGUUUUUUGAAAACACGCGACGCACAACCGCAACGCGUCUAAAACAUAUUUUCGAAAAAAAUUAAAUGAAAACAUGAAUUUUUUCGGAAAAUAAAAAAAACGAAAAAAAAAGAAUAAACAUACGGUAUUUUUCAAAGGCACACAACUGCCUCACACAAAUAUCUCGUAGCGAAAACGCGCGCACAUGCAAAUUCAAAUUUAUCAUUUUUAUUUUUCAAUUUUCUCGCGUGGGAAACCGGAGUUUCCUGACGGAAAAUGGAGAUUUCUUUACCUUUUUCAAAUGAAAAUGACACGUCAUUUUAAAAUUUAUUAUUUCUGAAAACUGGUUGAAAAUUAAAAGUUAGUGUAAGCUCUAAAAUCGAAUUUUCAUGAUUUCUAGCUUAAAAUUAUCGAUUUUUCACCCAAAAACCCCAAAUUUUCCAGACUUUCCGGAUUAUCUCCGUUCCACGGCGACAAUGAUAAUGAAACCUUGGCAAAUGUCGACAAAUGUCAAUAUGAUAACUCGCCUUUGGGAAAUUUCUCAAGUGAUGCUUCGGAUUUUGUCCAGAAGUUGCUGUUGGAAAUUCCAGCGUGAGUUUUGGGUGAAAAUUAUCGAUUUUUGAGCGGAAAACCAUGAAAAUGGGCCAUUUUUGGUGCAUUUUGGCUCAAAAUUUAGCAUUUUUCAUGAUUUGAAACCGAUUUUUAGGCAUCGAAUGACUGUUGAUGAAGCUCUCCAACAUCCUUGGAUCAAUUGCGAAUCGCUGAAAAAUGAGCCACUUUCAGCUGAUACUUUGAGAGAAUUCAAAUAUCAACACAAAUGGCUGGUAAGUUGGGAAAUUAUUGAUUUUUUUUCAAUCUGAAACUAGACUCUAGUUUCAUUUUGAAGCCCUUGAAAUUGUCUACAAAAUGAGCUCUGAAAAUAGCCUCAAAAUGGGAAAAAAAUUUUUAAACGAUACUCCGGUUGACACUUGUUUUUCGGAUAUUUCUGAAACUAGACUCUAGUUUCAUUUUGAAGUCCUAGGAAUUAUUUGAAACAACGACACUCCGGAUGACAGGCGGAGUGUCGUUGUUUCAAAUUUUUUUUCAAAGUUAGAAGAAAAUCCCUGAAAAAAUUUUUUUUUUCUUUUUUUUUUGCUCUAAAAAAUCGGCCUAAGUACACAAAAAGCGGAUAAAUCAACAUUGUGCGCGGGAGCAUUUUUCUAGUGGCUUGGAAUUUUUUGCGCUCGAAAAAAAAUCCAAAUUUUUUUUUGUUCCAGGAACGACGCGUUUUUGUGCAACAAACACCCAGUGAACAGAUUUUGGAAGCACAGUGUCCACAAGACGACGUUUCUGCGUCUCUUUUCGAAAAAUCUCUCGUUUCGGUAGAGCGCGUUUGCUCGUUUGUCUUUUUUCAAUGGAAAAAUCGAAUUUUUUGCCGAUUUUUCAACUUUUUCUUGUUUUUACUCAGUGUUAUUGUUGUUUUUUCUUAAUUUCAUGAACGAUUUCCUAUUCUAUGAAUGUCAGAGAACAUUUUCAUGUAUAGAUCGUUUCAUAAAGUAACGCCAUAAUGCCGUUCAAAAAUUUUAAAGAUUUUCGUUCGUUUUUCAGGUUUUUUGGGUGUCACCAAAAAGUGAAGAAUACACAUUUUUCGAACUUUUUGGGAUACGAGGACCACAUUUGGGAUGAAAUGGGAUAGAUUUGGACCAAUUUUAACGACGACAGAUUUAUUUUCAUAUGAAUCGAUGGAUGUUACCAGUGGUGCGUUGAACUGUUUUCUGAUGCUUGUUUGGAUAUAAAAUGAUUCGAAUAUGAUGGGAGAGAAGCAAAUUAAGCUUUUCGUAGGUUUUUUGCUUCAGAAAUUUGAUAAUAACGAAAUUUAUAACGGUAUUAUUGCAGGUUCACGCUGGUCAUCGCUACGUUUGGACAUUUACUUGUUCAAAAAGUAUGUAACUGCUCGUGAUAUUUGAUUUUUGACAAAAUCGUAAUCGCAUUGGAUGUAUCUGAUCGUAAUUUCGAAUCAACCACACAUUUUUUCAAUGAGGAACAUUGCGAUAAACUCGCGCUGGAGGAUCUGGCUUUCCAACACCAACAUCAGGAAAUUUGUUAUUCAGAGUACUAGAGGACAGUGAAAAACAUCGAGAACACACAUGAAAAUCCACUUGACAAUGUAUAUGUUGGAACUAUGAAGAAAAUAGCGGUCGUUGGAGAGGGUUGUAUAUGUUUGAUGGCUCAAAAGAUGAUUAAUUGAGAGGAACUCAUAUUUCAACAGUAACAUCCGACUCUUCUUAUUGCUAAAUUCAAAUUUUGGAGCUUGGUAGAGAUUUGACGAUAUUUUUUCUGAAGUUGAUUGGAAAAGUUGAGUUUGAAUCGAAGAAUGACGUUCCUUAUUUGCCAAAAUUAUCGAUUUGUGAUAUUCGGAGCUAUAUAACUCAGCUAAAAAGUUCAUUCGAAUCCUGACAAUCUUUUUGUUGUAUAUUUUCAUAUUGCCUUUCUGCUGAUGUUAAUUUUCAGCCGGUUUUUCAAAAAUGUUUUUGUAAGACACGACUUUCUAUUAUUUAUUAAUGAAUAUUUAUUUAGAUAGUUCGUUUUUUGUUACAUAAAACUUUAUCAUUUAGAUUUUUCAGUUUUUCACACUUGAAUUCAGGUAUUUCUUAUUUUUUAAAUUAAAAAACGCUCAAAUAAACGUGUUUUGCUGAUUGCAAGAAUUUUUAGGCUCGAAACUUCUUAUUCCUAGCAUCACAUAAACUGGUAUACUUUGAUUCACGUAAUUCCUGGCAUCUAGAAGUAAAUUUACCAAAAAUUUCGUGAAAUUUCAGCUAAAAUUCUUCAUAAAAAACACAUAAGUUUUUCUUUCGAUUUUAUAGCCUUCAAAAUUUCAAAAAUGGAACUAAAUGUUAUUUCUCUGUCUUCCUUUCAUCCUCCUCUACUCGCUCAUAUACCAUUGUUCCCGUGAAUUUCUCGAAUUUUUUGAAAAAUUUCGAAAAAAAUUCAAAAAAAUUGAAGAAAAAAUGAGAGAGUGUUGUUUGCUGUAGAGACGCAGACAACGAGAGAGCGCACACACCUCGCGUCGUCCUGUGGAUAUUGUGGGAAGCGAUUUUGGUGAGUUUCCCGAUUUUUAUACGUUUCAAAAAACAAUUUUGCAGGGCGCUCAAGAGCUCGCCAAAAACCAUGCACCACAACCAAUAACACCCGAAAAACGUCCGGCCGAAAUCUACGAACAUCUUCGAAUUAAGCCCCGCCCACCGCCAGAAGUCGAAUAUAUUCCGAAACGGCCAAGACAGGAGCAGAGAGAAGCACCCACCCAAAAACAACAAUACGGUGUGAUUCAGGACCCGCGAGAUUUUCUGCUUGAAGAGCAAGAGGAAAGGCUUCCGCGAGGUAUUCCGCAACCUCAAGGACAACCAGCACACGAUUCCGGAAGGUUCAGAGAGCCCGAAAGACAUCGAGAACAAGAUCAGAGGUAUCCGGAGGUAGAUCAAUACGGUCGACCGGUUUACGAUCCACGUGAACUUUCACGCCGACCGAUUUCGCUUGACGACGAACCUUUCUACGUGGACGAAUACGGUAAUCCGAUCGGAUUAGAGGAAUUUGGAGAAGAACAUCCCGUGAAUAAUAUGGUGGCGCAAGAGAAACGAAAAUUGGUGCCGCAAGAUAAGGGAGAGACGCCGAGUCAGAGGAAGAAGAAGGUUGAGGAGCAACAGCAGCAACAGCAAAAUGCGCAGCAAAAGGUGAGCAUUUUUGGGAAGAUUUGGAGCUUUUAUAGGACAAAUCAAGAAUUUUGGAGCAUUUUGAGCUCAAAUCCAGCGGUUUUCGGGGGUUUGGAGCAUUUUGAGGUCAAAAUUGGGUAAUUUUAGGAAAUUUAGAGCGCUUCGAACCCCAAAUGGAGAUUUGGAGCAUUUUUAGCUCAAAUUCAUGGGUUUUCGGCUAUUUGGAGCAUUUUUGAGCUCAAAUUUGGGGAUUUUUGCUAUCUGUAAGAAUUGGGAGCGGAAAUUCGGGGGAUUUUUUGGAUUUAAAGCAUUUUGAGCUCAAAUUCAUGGGUUUUCGGCGUUUUGGAGCACUUUGAGCUCAAAUUCGAGCAGUUUUGUGUUAUUUUCAGCAUUUUGAGCUCAAAUUCGAGCAGUUUUGUGUUAUUUUCAGCGUUUUGAGCACAAGUUCAAACUGUUUUGUCUAAUUUGGAGCAUUUUGAGCUCAAAUCCAGCGGUUUUCGGGGGGUUUGGAGCGUUUUUGAGCACAAUAGUCAAACUUGUUGAGAAAUCAAGAUAAUUUUGCUCCAAAUUUAGAUUUGGAGCAUUUUGAGCUAAAAAACUGAGAUUUUUUAGAAUUUUGAACAUUUUACUUCAAAAAAAUUUUCAACAAAAAGUUUCAAAAAUAUUAUUCAUAAUUCAAAAAUUAUAAAUUUUUUUUCAAAACACAAAAUAUUUAUGUAAAGAUACUUGAUGGAACAACAGUUGUUUCCUUUUUCUUAAACCAAAAAAUACUUUUAAAUUUCUUAAAAUUAGCAAUAAUAUAAGUGAUUGGAAUAAUAUUCACAUAAUUUGUUUGGAAUUUGCAAAGUAAUAUUUCUGUUAAAAAUGGAAAUUGAGGGAAAUGAAACCAAAAUAUGAUUCCGAUAAAUUUGAUCAUACACGACAUGAAAAUUGGCAUAUUUUGAUAAAUAAUUGAUAAUUCUGUGCGACGACGUGUUUCGGAAAAUAUAUGUUUGUUUUUAUGCACGGCGUAUAAUAGAAGAACGUGUGCAAAUAGGGAAAAGUAAGAAAUUGAUAGAGUUUUGAUAGCCAAAUACUUUCGAAACCAAAUAUUUUCAAUGUGAAUAAAUGUGCUAUAAUUUGCGCAGUGGAAGUUGUCCUCAAGUAGAAUCUUAAGAUCACAACCUUCUACAAAGUUACAUUCAAAUUUUGUCAAAAUUGUGUCAAUAAUAAUAUGUAUAAAGACCAAGAUUAUCAAUGCUUUCAAACAUUUUCCAUCGACUAAUUUUGCCAGUUUUUUCAAGUUUAGUACAAUUAUGAAACGUUGAAUUGCGAUUAGAAGAAUGAAAUCCAUUCCCGAGUCGACGUGGGGAUGAAUCAUUGCUUGAAUAACUGCGAUUCUAAAAAAUUUAAAAAAUUUUUUUUCCACGUUUCACAACUCACACUCCGAAAAAUCCCCAAUACCAAGGAAGUUGUUUUUCAUUAUUCAACACCUUCACCAAAUACAUCAACGCUAAAUUACUCCAGAAUGAAAUGAAAUUCAAAAAAUCGACCGCAAUCAGCAGAAAAAUUGCGACUUGAAUUGGAAAAAUGAGAUUUUCACGUGUAUCGUUUUUUGUUUUGGUGAACAAAAUGAGAUAGAGAAUUUGAGAAGUGAAUGUGACAACAUCCAAUAUUCGCUGGAAUAUGUAGAAAGUGGUGUAAAAAAUGUCGAGCAGCAUUAUAUUGCUAUCAAAAAUCAGCGAAAAUAAAGCUUAAAUUCAGGGGAUAUGGCUGCAAUUAUGGGUUAGAAUAAUUUAAAGUUCAUUCAAAUCGAUUCGUGUGAUAUCUAUAGGUUUUUUGUUGACUUAUAUGACUUUUGGAACUUUUUGUGAACCAAACUAUAGCUUUGAAGUUUUUCUCACAAGUUAACAUUUUAUUAAUUAGGUAUACUUGUCGGAACUACACUUCCUAGCUUUUUCGUCGUUUUUUUCCAAAAAUGUUUGAUUUUGACUAAAUGUGCGAUGGUAUAGGUGACCGGAAUCACAUUUAACACUGUCGUUUCGGACGUGCAUAAUAGGAAGUGUCGGAUUUCUCCAGGAAGUUCAGGGGUCACAAACCAACAGAAGAUUCCGAGAAGGUUUAGCUGAAGUUUGCACAAUCUUUCACCUUCUAGAAGCUUCGACUUACCAGGCUUUGAAUGAAAAUCGGCAAAUUUUGGUAGAUUAUUGAUAGUUCCACCCGUUUUUUCGUUUCGGACAUCAGGUUUUCGUUUUUGUGAAUAUGGUAUAACAUGAUUAGAUGGAGAAUCAGGGAAAUAUAACAAACUACAAAUUCGGUGUAUACUUCGUACACUAUGUAGUUUUCAUGUGUUAUAUUCCAACUUUUCUUAUUACAUGUGAAAUUAUCACGAAGCAACAUUAGGUUUUUACAAGAGAUUUCGAGGCGACAACUGGCUUUCAUAACAAUGGAGCUGAAGAUUAUCUCAAAGAAUCCGAGAGUUAUCCAAAAUUUGAGCCAACUUCCCUCAACGAAUUUUGAGAGUCUUCGAAAGUCUAGAACUAUUAUGAAACGUUGGAUUGCGAUGAGGAAAAUUAGCAAGAUUCCAGCGUCGUUUGGCGGAGCAAUUAGGGGAAUGAAUUCGAAGAAACUGGAAAAAUAAGAAGAAUUCUAUUGAGUUAGCCUAACUUACUUACAAUAUGAAGAUAUACAUAAUGGGCGAUGUUUUCCAUAACAACCAUACGAAAAAUGUGUUGAGAAUAAAUAGGGACCAAACUAUGGAAUAAUAGAGAAUAUAUAGAAAAAUGAGAUGUUGGAUGGGGUAGAUUAGGGUUUUUCGCUCGUCUUCACUGGAUUUUGAGAAUAGAUAGAAAUAUAUUGGUCGAAAUAAUAAUGGGAUAUUGGAAAUUGUGGAGCCAAAUAUGAAACGCGUGAAUUCGAGAAUUUCGAAAAUGCUCAUUUUUUUUGUGGUGAAAAAAACAUGAUUUUUAGCAUUCUUCGGUUAGUAUAAUUGUAUGGUUCAAGUCAGAUAUGCAGAAAAAUAAUUAUACUUUAUGUAGUGUACUUAGUGGAACUACAGCACCUCCCUUUUUUCUUCCAAAUCAAAAUUUUCAAUCGAUCAAAAUGUGCAAUGGUAUAAGUGAUUGGAAUCACAUUGAGCACCGUUGUUUCUGUGUAGCACAAUAGAAAAUAUUUGAUUUCGCCAGGAAUUUGUGGGAAAAUGUAGUGGGCUAAGAUGCCGAAAAGUUUUAGCUGCAAUACAAUUUGUGUGCAUGUGUAACAAAUCUAUGUACUCACUGAGGUUAAAAUGAAAAUCGGCAUAUUCUGAAAGAUUAUCGAUAAUUCUACUCGUUUUUUUGUUUCCGACAUCACAUGCUUGUUUUUGUGCACAUAAUUUAGAAUUAUGAGAUGGGUAAUUAGGAAUAUGAUUGAUAUUAUUAAUGAAUUGUAGAUUCGGUAUUUUAUAUAUGUUUCGGCCUAUAACAAAUGACUUAAGUAAAGUUAGCCGUGAAGCUUGAACCCGGGAAUCACAAAAUGAACCUACAUUUCGUUGUAAACGACUUUUUGCACCACACGAGAUGUUGUCUCUGACGAACAUUAGCAAUUCACAACUAUGAUUAUGCUUACACUGUGUUUUCUCGAUAAUCGAUUUCAAAAUUAUCUCAACGAAUAUGAUUCUGAUCCAAAAUCUUAGCCAUUUUCCAUCGACGAAUUUGACAAAUUUCUCGAAAUCUAGAACGAUAAUAAGUCUUUGAAUUGCGAUUAGAAAAAUGAAGUUUGUUGAAGCAUCGUUUGAAAUUGAGGCGAAUGUAAUCAAUAUAGAAAAUCUAUAAUUUCUGGUUAUUAUUGUAGAUAGAGUUAGACUAAAUAACUUACACUGCGAAAAUUGAAGCCAACACUCGAAAAUUCAGCCAGAUUGAUAGUUCCAUUAGAGCUAAUAUCAUUGCUAAUAGUGUCCAAAUCAUUGAAUAGUAAAUUAUGUAAAACGAAAUGGCACGAUGUAUUUUAUAAAUUAGAGUGUCUCUUUCAUCCUUUUCUGCCUUCAUUAGAAGAUAGAAAUAUAUAGGUCUGGCGAUUAAAGGAACAUUUGCGAUUAUUGUUCUAAAAGUCACAAAAAUCGCGUUCAUCGAGAAGAAUUUUUGUUUUGUUUUCUAGAUUUCGGUUUCUUCUUUAGAAAACUGGGUAAUUAUGGGGUUUUUUUUGGAUAAUGUCAAACAAAUUACCUGAGUUUAAAAGAAAAAAGUCAGACCUGAAAAAAACUUAAUCAUUUUUUGGGUCAGAAAAAUAAAAAUGUUCUCGGAAAAAUAGUCUUUACCCAAAUUUUCGUUAGCUUCAGGUUCCGAUUCGAAUGAUUCGCGGAGAGCGUCGUGAAAUUGAGGAGGAAAUUGCGAAUCGGAUUUUGUCGGAUAUUUCGGAGGAGGGAUCGAUUGCUGGAAGUUUGGCGAGUUUGGAGGAUUUCGAAAUUCCAAAGGUGGGGGAAUUCUGGAUGGAAAGCUGAAACUAAUAUGAGCAAUGUUUUUGAAAUUUCGGAAUUUCAGACAAUUUUAUGAGAAAUUUGAAGUUUCUGAAAAUCUCAAACUAUACUCUAGUUUUACCCUAGAAAAUAUCCAAGCAUUUUUUCUUGAAAUUUUUUUUUCACUUGAAGAGCAAUAUUCCAAACUAGACUAUACUUUUGCCUCCCAGAAAAUCCGAUGAAAUUCUCAACAAAAAACAUAAAAUAACACAUCUGGUAAACAUAAAAUUGCAGGAUUUUGUUGUCGAAACUUCGGAGCCAUCAACACCCACACUUACACCAGAAGUCACUGUUAGAGAGCAAUGUCCGCAACAGCAACGAGCAGAGACGCAGACACCAACACAACAAUCGCCACGACCUUCUGGAGCCGCUGCUGCUGGUGAAAUUAUUCCGCCGAAAGUCACUUAUCCGGACGCGGUUUUGGCUGGAUUACCGGCUGCGGAUCGACAGGUAUGACUGGAAUUUGGGAUUUGGGAUACUGUAGAAUUUUGGCGGAGCAUUUUGAGACCAAAUAAGCCUAGGCUCCUGGGUUACUGUAGAUAUCUGGCCCGAAAAAUUUGGAGCAUUUUGAGACUAAACAAGCUUUGGUCCUUGGGUUACUGUGGAUCCAUAUUCCUACAGUAACCCAAAUUUCUACUGUAGAUUGUUUUUUGACGAAAUUUCCAUUCCCAAAAAAUACGUUUCAAAAUUUUCAUAUGAAAAAUUUUCUUCUUCUUUCAAUUUUAUAUUUCUGGCUGAAAAUCUGAAAAAUUUGGAUUACUGUAGGGUUUUGGCGGGAAAAUUUGGAGCAUUUUGAGACCGAAUAAGCCUAGGUCCUUGGGUUACUGUAGUUUUGAACCCGGGAAAAAUUGAAAUUCAAAAAUCUAGGGUUACUGUAGAUUUUUUUCCGCAAAAUCUGCAAUUUUCAAAAAUCCCCCUGUCGAUUUUCGAUCUAAUCUCCAAAAAAACCCGCAAAUUCUCUCCCACGCGCUCAAAAAAACGCUAAAAUCAACAGAAAAUCUCAAGUUGAGCCAAUUGCGCACUCUUAGAGAGCACGCAAAUUUGAGAGAGCGCCAGAGAAUUAGAGAAAUCUCUCACUAUAUGUUUCUUGCUUCAACUUUGACUAACUUUUGUGUUUUUUCCUAUUGAUUAGCUAUAUAUUAUUUUCCACAGUACUAGACUGUAGUUUACCGGGCUCUAAGAUGAGCAAUCAGAAAACAACUAUGCAUAUUUCGCCAUCCCUGAAACCUGCGCAGAAUACUACACCGCAGGUUAAAAUCUCGUGUCUCGACAGGAAAAUUGAGCAAAAACUGACGGCUCACUUGCAGCAAGUUGAAAAGGUAGCACCGGGAAAAUUGAAGCAGAAAAAUGGUGAAAAUCCCGCCAAUCAGGAGCUUGUGAAAGUGCCAAAAGUUUUGAUCAAAGAGGUAGUUAGGAGCACACUUCUCUGAGCACUUUUAUCCUUUUUGCACCGCUAAUUUUCAUGCACCUUUAACCUUUUUUGGGGGAAAUUUGGAGCAUUUUAAGACCCAUUGAGCCUAGGGUUACUGUAGAGAAAUUUGGAGCAUUUUGAACCUAAAUAUGCUCAAGAUUACUGUACGAUGGUCAAAAACUGAGCUACAGUAACCUAAUGCACAUUUGAUCUCAAAAAGUUCGAAAUUUUUAGCUCGAAAUUUCUACAGUAACCCCAAUUCCUACUGUAGAUUCAUUUUUUGAUCCCAAAAAAUUUGAAAUUUCAAUCCGAAAAAAAUACGUUUCAAAAUUUUGAUAUGAAAAAUUUUUGAAAUUUUUUUUUGAUACUUCUGUUCGGUUCUAUUCAAAAUUAUAUUAUGUUGGCUGAAAAUCUGAAAUUUUCGGGUUACUGUAGGGCACGAAAAUUUGGAGCAUUUUGAGAUCAGAUGAGCCUAGGGUUACUGUAGAGAAAUUUGGAGCAUUUUGAGCCUAAAUAUGGCUAGGGUUACUGUACGAUGUUUUGUUCUGGAAUUUUUUGACUCAAAAACUGAGCUACAGUAACCCAAAGCACAUUUGAUCUCAAAAAAGUCCGAAAUUCCUAGCUCGACAUUUCUACAGUAACCCCUAAUUCCUACUGUAGAUUCAUUUUUUGGUCCCAAAAAAUUUGAAAUUUCAAAACCCAAAAAAAAUACGUUUCAAAAUUUUGAUAUGAAAUUUUUUUUGAUAGUCAGCAAUUUGAUGAAUUUGGCUGAAGAUCUGAAAUUUUUGGGUUACUGUAGGGCACCGAAAUUUGGAGCAUUUUGAGAUCAGAUGAGCCUAAGGUUACUGUAGUGAAAUUUGGAGUAUUUUGAGCCUAAAUAUGGCCAGGGUUACUGUACCAUGUUUUGUUCUGAAAUUUUUUGAGUCAAAAACUGAGCUACAGUAACCCUAAGCACAUUUGAUCUGAAAAAGUCUGAAAUUCCUAGCUCGACAUUCCUACAGUAACCCCCAAUUCCUACUGUAGAUUCAUUUUUUGGCCCCAAAAAUUUUGAAAUUUCAAUCCGAAAAAAAUACGUUUCAAAAUUUUGAUAUGAAAAAUUUUUGAAAUUUUUUUUCUGAUAGAUAUCAUUUUGUGAUCUUGGCUGAAAAUCUGAAAUUUUUGGGUUACUGUAGGGCACGAAAAUUUGGAGGUUUUUAUGACCAGAUGAGUCUAAGGUUACUGUAGACUUUGAGCUCAGGAAAUUUGGAGCAUUUUGAUACUAAAUAUGCUCAUGAUUACUGUACGAUGUUUUGUUCUCGAAUUUUUUGAGUCAAAAACUGAGCUACAGUAACCCUAAGCACAUUUGAUCUCAAAAAGUUCGAAUUUCCUAGCUCGACAAUCCUACAGUAACCCCAAUUCCUACUGUAGAUUCAUUUUUUGGACCCCAAAAAUUUGAAAUUUCAAUACCCAAAUUCAAUAUAAAAAAAUACGUUUCAAAAUUUUGAUAUGAAAAAUUUUUUAAAUUUUUUUUGAUGCUACUGUUCGGUUCAAUUCAAAAUUCUAUUAUGUUCGCUGAAAAUCUGAAAUUUUUGGGUUACUGUAGGGCACGAAAAUUUGGAGCAUUUUUGGACCAGAUAAGCCUAGGUUACUGUAGGGUUUUUGUAGCUAAAAAUUGUUUUAAACCAGCCUAGAGAGCACACAAAACCAAGAGACCCAGACAUAUUCAAUUUUUUUCGCAGAUUUUGGAGCAAGCUGAAAACGACCCCAAUAUCCCGGUCGGAGCUCCACUUUUCCUCGAAGGAAUUCACGGUGAUUUGACAGUUGACACAACUUCGGCUUCUGGAUUGAUCAAGUUGGUUUUUUUUUCAGAUUUUCAUCUGAAAAUCUAGAUUUUCAGCCAAAAAUCUGGAAAUUUUUUUGCAGAGUAACAUCACCGGCUCAAACUUUGAGCCCCAAUCCAAAAUCACCGAGAAGAUCGACGCCUGGAACCAAGAGUCCAGUUAUGCUAAGUCCAAGACAGGAGCAUUCGAUGGAGGUGAGUUGGAGGCCUAGAUUUAGGCCUGAAGUUGGGCCUGACGCUGGGCCUAGAUUUUUCAGUUUAGCCUAAGCCUAAGCCUAUGAGUUUGGAUAAGCCCAAGCCUAAGCCUAUGAGUUUAGCCUAAGCCUAAGCCUAUGAGUUUGGAUAAGCCUAAGCCUAAGCCUAUAAAUUUGGAUAAGCCUAAGCCUAUGAGUUUGGAUAAGCCUAAGCCUAGAAAUUUGGAUAAGCCUAAGCCUAAGCCUAUGAGUUUGGAUAAGCCUAAGCCUAUAAGUUUGGAUAAGCCUAAGCCUAUAAGUUUGAAUAAGCCUAAAGCUAGGCCUAGAUUUUGAGUUGGGCCUGACUUUGAGCCUAGAUUUUGGUCAAGCCUAAGCCUAGAAAUUUGGAUAAGCCUAAGCCUAUAAAUUUGGAUAAGCCUAAGCCUAUGCGUUUGGAUAAGCCUAAGCCUAAGCCUAUGAGUUUGAAUAAGCCUAAGCCUAUGCGUUUGGAUAAGCCUAAGCCUAAGCCUAUGAGUUUACAUAAGCCUAAACCUAAGCCUAUGAGUUCGGAUAAGCCUAAGCCUAAGCCUAUGAGUUUGGAUAAGCCUAAACCUAAGCCUAUGAGUUCGGAUAAGCCUAAGCCUAAGCCUAGAAAUUCUCAGGCUUGAGCCUAAUCUGAGCCUAAUUUUUUCCCAGGUCCUCAUCGCUACAAAACGUGGAAAGCCCGGAUUUUUGCCACCCGGAGAAUUGGCGCCAGAAAUUGAUGAUGAUGACGCAUUUAUGGAUAAGCACAAGAAACAGGUGAGCACUUUUUUUUGCUCCAAAAAUCUCGAAUUUUUUUUUAUUCCAGAUCAAACCAUCCGAUCAUGACAAUGAUUUCCGCGACGAAAAAGAUCGGUUGGAAAAAGAUCGGAAUCGUCGAACUGUCAACUUGGAUGAUCUCGACAAAUAUCGGCCUGCCAACUUCUAUCGAGAUGAUGAUAAUGAUGCGAACACUUCUGGAGACAUUGAUGAUUCACCAUGGGAUUCGCACUAUCAAAUCGGACCCGACACUUAUUUGAUGGCUGCUCGCGGAGCCGCCUUCAAUUCGAGAGUUCGAAAUUAUCGCCAGGAGUUGUUUGGAGUUGGCGCGCCCACUGUUCGCCAGGGAUUUUUGGGAGUUCGCAACCGCGAUAUUACUGUUCGCGAACGUCGCAGAUAUACUGACAUCUUGCGAGAGACGAAUUUGGGAGUGGCACCCAAAUCUUCGGAACAUGCCACGUUGCAAAAAUCGGGAAGUGCUGCGAAUGCUAUCGAAAGAAUUCGUGCGGAUAUUGAGAAGGUUGCACCGUCGGCGACGAAACGGAAUGCGGAUGGAAGUGGGUUUUUGGGGAGGGGGGGGCUUUGCGGAAAUGACGCGGAAGGUCGCGGAAAAUUUGAAUUUGGUGCUAAAAAUCCAAAUAGAUGAAUUUUGAGAAAAAAUGCCACGUGGCUUUUUGAAAAUUCGAAAAUUUUGGCUCCUGAAAAUUUGGAACAAAAUCCUCUAAAUCUCCUCAAUUUUUUUUGAAAUCUGAAAAAUUUCAAAGUUUCGAUGAAAAUCCACGUGGAAUUCACUGUGAAAAUUCUCACAGAAUUUUUUCCAGAUUUUGAGAAACAAUUUUUUUUAAAAAUUUGGAAAAAAAUUUUUUUUUUAAUUUUUCCCUAAAUGCCACGUGGCAAUAGUUUUUGAUUGUAUUUUUGAAGAUUUUUUGCACGUGAAAAAAAUUCAAGCAAAUUCGCGGAAAUUCGUGUUUUUUUUUCCUUUUUUCAAAUUUUUGAAGAAAUUCUAAGUUUUAUUGAAAAAAACUGUUUGAUAAUAAAUUAUAUCAAAAUUUUGAAACGUAUUUUUUUGUUUUUGAAAAUAUCGAAUUUUUUGAAUCAAAAUUUGAAUGAAGCUAUUUUGAGUUAUUUAUUUUGAAAAUUUUGAAAAAAGUUAUUUAUUUUAAAAAUUUUGAAAAAAAAAUCUUCCAAAUUUUUCGCCCAAUUGCCUGCCACGUGGAAUUGCAGUUUUAAAAAUUUAAUUUUUCAGAAUUUUCCAGCUGAAAUUUGAUUUAAAAAAUCAGAAUUUCCCAGAUUUUUCAAAUUUCUCAAAAUUUUUGAGCUGUAAAUUUCAAAAAAAAUUUCAAAAAAAAAAUUUCAGAACUUUUCACUAUAAAAUUCAAAAAAAUCUAAAUUUAUACCAAAAUUUUCCGAAUUUUCAGAUUUUCCAGAAAAUCCCCAAAUUUUUCGAGCUGGAAAAUUACAGAAUUUCCCAUAUUUUUCAAAAUUUUUGGGUUGUAAAUUUCAAAAAAAAAAUUCAGAAAAAAAUUUCAGAACUUUUAAUUAUUAUAAAAUUCAAAAAGGUCUAAAAAUUUAUACCAAAAUUUUCAAGCUUGAAAUUUUCAGAUUUUUUUCGAAAGAAUGUUUUCAAUUUAUCUGUAAUCUAAAGUUUUCAGAUUUUUCCAGCUCAAAUUUGAUAACAAAGAAAAUCAGAAUUUUCUGAAAAUUUUCAAAUUUUAAAACAAAAAUUACAGAAUUGUCUAGAUCUUUAUAAAUUCCUGGAUUUUUUGAGCUGAAAAUUCCACGUGGCAAAAAUUUUGCAAAAAAAAAAUUUUCCUAAUUUUUCCCCAAUUGCCUGCCACGUGGCAAUAAUUUUUGGUUAACGAGAAAAAAUUGCAGCAUUCGCCCCAAUCUUCACCUCUCGCCUCCGCGACGUCUACCUACGAAAAUCGCAACCUGCAAUCUUCGAAUGCCACGUGGCCGCAAGUCCCGCGCCCAAAAUCCAAUGGGAUUUCCAAGGAAAACCAGUGCUCGCGACAGAACGCGUGAAAUUUGAGCAAGACGCGAAUGUGGCGCGACUUAUCAUAAAUCAAGCGGCACCCUAUGAUCUUGGCGAAUAUGUUUGCACAGCGACAAAUGAAUAUGGUGUGGAUCGAGCGAGUUCGCGAUUGAUUAGCGGCGAAACUCCAGCGAGACCUGGAAGACCGGAAUGUGAAUUAUCAUCGGAUACAGAGCUAUUGAUUCAAUGGGAUGCUCCAGAAGGACCAACUUAUCUAGAGGGAAUCACUUAUCGAUUGGAAUUCCGACCAGCGGGACCCGAUGAUUUUUCGGCACCUUGGGUAUUGAUUUCGGAUAGAAUCGAUGAUGAAAGUGUGGUUGUCAAACAUCUCACCCCACUUGGAGUUUAUCAGUUCCGAGUUACUGCUCAGAAUGGAUUCGGACCAGGACUUCCUAGUUUAUCUAGUCGAAUUGUGCAGACACAUGGAAAAGGCGCACCGAAACUUCAGAUUGAUUUACUGAAAUCGGAGAUUCGGCUGAAUGUUGUGUCGGCUGGUGGACCGAAACGGAAAGGUGGUGUGAAAUCGGGAUUGGAGGGAAUUUCGGAGGAAAGUGAGGAGGAGACUUUGAGAGAGGAAGGUUUAUCGAUUGGCAAGAAUUUGGUGGUGGAGUUGGUGAAUGGAGAACCGGAUGGUAGAUUCCAGGUGAGCCUGAGGAAGGGUCUAGAUUUUGUGGGCCAAAAAUAGGCUUGCAUUUACAAAGCCUAACAUCACAGGAAAAAGCCUAAAGUUAAAAAAGGGGCCUGAAUUAUGGGAAAGCCUGAGAGACUGAGAGAUUCUAGAUGAUUUGAGAAAAUGUUUUCAAUUUAUCUGUAAAUUAAAGUUUUCAGGAUUUUCCAGCUCAAAAUUGAUUUUGAAAAAAAAUCAGAAUUGGCCUAAUUUUCCAGAACCUAAAGUUAAAAAAGGGCCCUGAAACUUACCUAAUUUUUGGGUAGCACAAAAGGGUCUAAAAAUUUCAAACGCAAAAUUUUCAAAACUGUUCACUAUAAAAUUCAAAAAAUUCUAAAUUUAUACCAAAAUUUUCGAGCUUGAAAUUUUCAGAUUUUUUUUUCGAAAAAAUGUUUUCAAUUUAUCUGUAAAUUAAAGUUUUCAGAAUUUUCCAGCUCAAAUUUGAUUUCAAAAAAAAAUCAGAAUUUCCCAGAUUUUUCAAAAUUUGAAACAAAAAUCACAGAAUUGUCUAGAUUCUCUUAAAUUCCUGGAUUUUUUGAGCUAAAAAUCCACGUGGCAAAUUUUCUCACAAAUUUAGCUUUUCAAAAGAUUCGCAGGUGAGCAUUUCUGAGAGAAGAGCCUGAGGAAGGGCCUAGGAGAAGCCUGGAUAUGCCAAAAAUAGGCCUAAUUUUCCAGAGCCUAAAGUUGAAAAAGGGGCCUGAAUUAUGGGAAAGCCUGAGAGGCUGAGAGAUUCUUGAUGACCUGAGACAGGGCCUAGAUUUGGGCAAGGGCCUGAUUUGUUUGCUUUUGAUUUGAAAGAUGUUAGGCCUAGAUUUUAUAUAAGCCUAUUUCAGACGAGCCUAUGAGUAGGCCUUUUGAGAAACAGGCCAAAAAUGGGCUUGAAUAUACAAAGCCUAAAGAAAUGGGCCGAAAACAAGCCUGAAUCAGGCCCAAGCUAGGCAUAAACCAGGCCUAAGCUAGGCAUAAACCAGGCCUAAGCUAGGCAUAAACCAGGCCUAAACCAGACCUGAGUUUAAAGAAGGCUUUGCUGAAUUUCUAGAUCUUACUAAGGCCUUUUUCGGCCUUCCGAGCCCACAAAACCCCGCCGCAACCCGAUUUUUUUUCAGAUUGCUGGACUUCGCUUCAAGACGGCUAAAUCAGUGCUCAGAGAUGCUGUGGAUUCCUCAUCUGAAUCGCAAGCUCAUUGCGUUGUCAAAAUCCAACCAGCGACACAGGAAUCGCGCGACGAAUUCGCAGCUCUUCGCGAUUCGCAACAUGAUAAUGUUCAGCGACUCGUCGCCGCCUACACCGAUGGAGAUUUUCAAUAUUUGUUCGCUGAACGAUUGUAUGAAGAUGUGUUCUCGCGAUUUGUGUUCAAUGAUUAUUAUACGGAAGAGCAGAUUGCGAUGACGAUGCGACAAGUUGCCGCUGCUUUGCACUUUUUGCAUUUUAGAGGGUGAGCUGAUCAUUUUGAGACCAAAUAUGGCUAUGUUAUAAGCUGCAAAAUUCGCGCCAGCACCAAAUUUACGUCAGUGAAAUGCUGAUCAUUUUGAGACCAAAUAUGGCUGUGUUAUGAGCUGCAAGAUUCGCGCCAGCACCAAAUUUACGUCAGUGAAAUGCUGAUUAUUUUGAGACCAAAUAUGGCUGUGUUACUACAAAAUAUGCGCCAAAAGGUGGUUUACUGACGCAUAAUUUGUAGAUCUUUGGAAUUUGUCUUGUUUGGUAUCAAAAUGAUCCGAAUUCCACGUGGAAUAUCAAUUUUCCAAUUAUUUUGACACGUCUCAAACGAGAAUUGCAAAAAAUGCGUCAGCAAACCUUUCACUGGCGCAUUUUUUGUAGAUCUUCGAAAUUUGUCUUGUUUGGUAUCAAAAUGAUUCGGAUUCCACGUGGAAUAUCAAUUUACCAAUUAUUAUGACACCCAACACGUCAGAGCUACAAAAAAUGCGUCAGCAAACCAAUUGUUGACGCAUAAUUUGUAGCCCUUUAUACAGUACCUUGUUUGAUAUCAAAAUUAUGCAAAUUCCACGUGGAUUCUGAAUUUCCCACCCCCAAAAUCUUUUUUUCAGAAUCGCUCAUCUCGACAUCAAUCCACACAACAUAAUGUUCCAAUCAAAACGUAGUUGGAUCGCAAAAUUGGUCGAUUUCGGAAGUGCGCAAAAAGUGUCCGAACCCCGAAAACCAGUGACGUCAUUGGAUGUCAAAUGGUCGCCACCAGAAUUCCACGUGGCACCCGAAGAAGUCACUGUGCAAAGUGAUGUUUGGGGAAUGGGAUGUGUCGCUUUUUGCUUGUGAGUUGCAGUUUUGGCGGCAAAAAUUACAGAAUUUCCCAGAUUUUUCAAAUUUCUCAAAACUUUUGGGCUGAAAAAUUUUUUAAAAAUUUCAAAAAGCAAAAAGAAUAGUCAAGAUCAAGAUUUUCAUGAAUUCCUGGAUUUUUUGAGCUGAAAAUCCACGUGGAAAAAAUUUUUUAAAAAAUGUUUUUUUUUUAAUUUCAAAAGAAACAUUUCAGAACUUUUCACUAUAAAAUUCAAAAAAUUCUAAAUUUAUACCAAAAUUUUCGAGCUUGAAAUUUUCAGAUUUUUUUGCGAAAAAUUGUUUUCAAUUUAUCUGUAAAUUAAUGUUUUCAGGAUUUUCCAGCUCAAAUUUGAUUUCAAAAAAAUCCGAAUUUUUUAAAUUUUUCAAAAUUUAAGACAAAAAUUAAAACAGAAUUGUCUAGAUUUUCCAGAAAUUCCUGGAUUUUUUUUGAAGCUGAAAAUCCACGUGGAAAAAAAUUUUUAAAAAAUUUUCGAGCUUGAAAUUUUCAGAUUUUUUUUGCGAAAAAAUGUUUUCAAUUUAUCUGUAAAUUAAAGUUUUCAGGAUUUUCCAGAUCAAAUUUGAUAACAAAAAAAAAUCAGAAUUUUUCAUAUUUCAACAACUUUUGUGCUGAAAAUUUGUCUGAAAUUUCAAGUUGUCACAACUUUCCAACUCAAAUUGUAUACCAAAAAAAUCCGAAUUUUCUAGAUCUUCUAGAAUUUCCCCCAAUUUCUUUUCAGAUUCGCCGGAUUCCAUCCAUUCACCUCCGAAUACGAUAGAACUGAAGAUGAAGUUCGAGAAAAUGUGAUCAAUGUGAAAUGUGAUCCGAAUUUGAUUCCAGUCAACGCUUCACAAGAAGCUCUCUCUUUUGUGACGUGGGCUUUGAAGAAAUCACCGCUGUAAGUGCUUUUUUUGGCUGAAAAUCUGCGAUUUUUGACUGAAAAUUCGAGAUUUUCAGCCAAUUUCAGUCUAGAAAUCUCUGAAAAUCUCUGAAAAUUUGCAGCCGCCGAAUGAGAACCGACGAAGCGUUGUCCCACAAAUUCCUUUCUUCUGAUCCUUCGAUGGUUCGAAGGAGAGAAUCGAUUAAGUGAGUUGGAUUUGGGAGUACUGUAGCUACAGUAACCCGGGGUACUGUAGCUCCUAAAAAUUUGGAAUUUUUUGAGCCUACACUUGAAUGGUUUAUUUUGAAAUUAUUUUUGACUUUCGAGCUACAGUAGUUUUAAGGGAUCUACAGUAAUCUAGGGUACUGUACCUACAGUAUCUCUUGAAAAUUUGGAAUUUUAAAAUGACUUACAGUAAUCUAGAACAUGACUAAACUACAGUACCCUUGUCAUGUUUACACUAAUUUUGAAGCGCUACAGUACCCCCAGAACCUACAGUACCCUUGUCAUGUUUACACUCAUUUUGAAGCGCUACAGUACCCCCAGAACCUACAGUACCCUUGUCAUGUUUACACUCAUUUUGAAGCGCUACAGUACCCCCAGAACCUACAGUAUCCUUGUCAUGUUUACACUCAUUUUGAAGCGCUACAGUACCCCCAGAACCUACAGUACCCUUGUCAUGUUUACACUCAUUUUGAAGCGCUACAGUACCCCCAGAACCUACAGUAACCUUGUCAUGUUUACACUCAUUUUGAAGCGCUACAGUACCCUUGUCAUGUUUACACUCAUUUUGAAGCGCUACAGUACCCCCAGAACCUACAGUAACCUUGUCAUGUUUACACUCAUUUUGAAGCGCUACAGUACCCUUGUCAUGUUUACACUCAUUUUGAAGCGCUACAGUACCCCCAGAACCUACAGUAUCCUUGUCAUGUUUACACUCAUUUUGAAGCGCUACAGUACCCCCAGAACCUACAGUACCCUUGUCAUGUUUACACUCAUUUUGAAGCGCUACAGUACCCCCAGAACCUACAGUAACCUUGUCAUGUUUACACUCAUUUUGAAGCGCUACAGUACCCUUGUCAUGUUUACACUCAUUUUGAAGCGCUACAGUACCCCCAGAACCUACAGUAACCUUGUCAUGUUUACACUCAUUUUGAAGCGCUACAGUACCCUUGUCAUGUUUACACUCAUUUUGAAGCGCUACAGUACCCCCAGAACCUACAGUAACCUUGUCAUGUUUACACUCAUUUUGAAGCGCUACAGUACCCCCCAGAACCUACAGUACCCUUGUCAUGUUUAUACUCGUUUUGAAGCGCUACAGUACACCCAGAACCUACAGUACCCUUGUCAUGUUUACAUUCAUUUUGAAGCGCUACAGUACCCCCCAGAACCUACAGUACCCUUGUCAUGUUUAUACUCGUUUUGAAGCGCUACAGUACCCCCAGAACCUACAGUACCCUUGUCAUGUUUACAUUCAUUUUGAAGCGCUACAGUACCCCCAGAACCUACAGUACCCUUGUCAUGUUUAUACUCGUUUUGAAGCGCUACAGUACCCCCAGAACCUACAGUACCCUUGUCAUGUUUACAUUCAUUUUGAAGCGCUACAGUACCCCCAGAACCUACAGUACCCUUGUCAUGUUUACACUCAUUUUGAAGCGCUACAGUACCCCCAGAACCUACAGUACCCCAAAAUCUCCCAUUUUUUUCAGAUAUUCCGCAUCGCGUCUCCGCAAACUAGCCGCAAUGAUUCGUCAAUCCGUCAGUGCCCGAUGUGAUGACGAAAAAUUGGAGCAAAAAUUCGGAACCGCCUAA